GCAGGGCCACAGGAGGUGGGAGUGCCCAGGAUGGGGUGGGCCCUGGGCACGGACGGGUUAACUACAAAGCGAAUCUCGGGGAGAUCAAUGGGUUACUCACUGCAGAAAGAGGCAGCAGCAACGCAGAGAGGCAGAGAAGGGGCGGGCAGAAGAGCGUGCCACCUGGGGGAAGUCAGGGACUGAGGAGGAGGUGGCCAGUGGGCGCUCUGGAGGGACUGCCCGAGUCUGGCCCCGCGGAGGAGGGGCCUUAAAGGAGACGAGGGGGAAGUGAGAGGCGGACCUGCGGGGAGCCACCGCGGGGCGGCCGCUGAGCCCGGAGGCAGCCUCAGCCUGACGGUUCGCCCAGGACUGAGCAGGGGGCCCGGUGCCCAGGACUGAGGUGGCCGUCUGUGGGAGAGAUGGCUGAUGCCCAGAACGUGUCCCUAGACAGCCCAGGGAACGUGGGGGCCGUGGCGGUGCCCGUGGUCUUCGCCCUCAUCUUCCUGCUGGGCACAGUGGGCAACGGGCUGGUGCUGGCGGUGAUGCUGCGGCCCGGGCCGAGCGCCUGGCGGGAGCCGGGCAGCACGACAGAUCUGUUCAUUCUCAACCUGGCCGUGGCCGACCUCUGCUUCAUCCUGUGCUGCGUGCCCUUCCAGGCCGCCAUCUACACGCUGGACGCCUGGCUCUUCGGGGCCCUCGUCUGCAAGGCCGUGCACCUGCUCAUCUAUCUCACCAUGUACGCCAGCAGCUUCACGCUGGCCGCCGUCUCAGUGGACAGGUACCUGGCUGUGCGGCACCCACUGCGCUCGCGGGCCUUGCGCACCCCGCGCAACGCCCGCGCCGCCGUGGGCCUGGUCUGGCUGCUGGCGGCGCUCUUCUCGGCGCCGUACCUCAGCUACUACGGCACGGUGCGCUACGGCGCGCUGGAGCUCUGCGUGCCCGCCUGGGAGGACGCGCGCCGGCGCGCCCUGGACGUGGCCACCUUCGCCGUGGGCUACCUGCUGCCGGUGGCCGUGGUGAGCCUGGCCUACGCGCGCACGCUGCGCUUCCUGUGGGCGGCCGUGGGCCCCGCGGGCGUGGCGGCGGCCGAGGCCAGGCGCAGGGCCACGGGGCGCGCGGGGCGCGCCAUGCUGGUGGUGGCGGCGCUCUACGCGCUCUGCUGGGGUCCGCACCACGCGCUCAUCCUCUGCUUCUGGUACGGCCGCUUCGCCUUCAGCCCGGCCACCUACGCCUGUCGCCUGGCCUCGCACUGCCUUGCCUACGCCAACUCCUGCCUCAACCCUCUGGUCUACGCGCUCGCCUCGCGCCACUUCCGCGCGCGCCUCCGCCGCCUGUGGCCCUCUGGCCGCCGCCACCGCGCCUGCUGCCCCUUUAGCGGCCGCCGCACCGUCCGUCGCAUUCGCCCGGCGUCCUCGGGUCCUGUUGGCCGUCCCGGGGUCGCCCGGCCUCCAGGGAGGCUGCCGGCGGGGGGCGGCUGGGGCGGGGAGCCCGGGGAGGAGGCUGCUGGUGGCAGAGAGGCUGGACCGGCCCUGUCUGCUGGAGGACCGAAAUAAACCUUGUCCACCUCCACCCUCCUGUGUGUCCUCCGUCAUUCCCUUGCCCCAAGGGCCAGACGCUUCUAGGGGAUGGGGCGGAAGCCAGAAGCCCUGUGAGGAGGUCCCCUGGGCCGCGGCCCCAGCCCGGGGACACCCCCAGGCGGUGAAAAGGGGUGGGUGCAGCUCAGAGCAGCUCCCCAGACGGGCAGGCCCCAGACAGUGUCCCUAACUGGUCCGGCAGGAGCGCA